CAGUCGGUGGCUCGAUAGCAAAGUGGAAGAGUGUCCCGUGAGGUCUCAGAAAAUUCCACCGUGGAUCCCGUUAUAGAUCACGAACAAAAGAACGUAUACUCGCGGAGACGAGUAGUGCCGAUACAUCUGCGAAUCCAAGAAAACAGCUCGCCGUGCUUCUCGACUAUGUCGCGGUCGCGAAAACGUGCGAUCCUCCGAAUACUACAGAUCGUAAUUUGUCUGGGAGUCGCACUCUUGACUUUGAAAUUUUCUCUCUUUAUCAUCGGAGAUGAGAGCGAACCUCUUCCUACCGGCGAAGAUUUGCGUAGGCUGAUGAUCGAAGCCGAGGCGGACAACACCCGGCGAUCGUUGAAUGUGGACAGAGUAUGCAAAAAGUAUAACCUGGGAUUCUACCGAAAGCUUGCGGAAGACUCGCUGUUCAAACACCCGCCCGCGGUUCAGUACAUGAUCUUCUACAUGGACAGAGUACACAACGUAUCAUACUGCCCGGUGUACAAAGCCGGCUCCACGACCUGGCUCUAUAAUCUCUGUUUAUUAAUGAAUGUCCCCGAGGAGACGCUAAAUAACGGGAAAGAGCAGCUGUCGAUCAUCGCCCGGAAAAAGAUACCGGAACUCGAUUACCCCGAGGCCGCCCGGAUUCUGAACAUCAGCUGGAGGCUGCUGGUCGUGCGGCAUCCGUUCGAGAGGCUGCUGAGCGCCUACCGCGACAAGCUGGAGAACUCCGUGGCCGGGCGGGAGCACGGGACGCUUCACUUUUAUCGGAAGUAUGGCGCCAAGAUCGUGCAGAAGUAUCGCGGGAAAGAUUUCGUCGAGCCACGAGCGGACCAGGUGAUCCGGCGUGAAGGCGCACCGCCGCCGGCUGGCGUGGAGCCGACCUUCCGGGAGUUCGUGGACUAUGUGAUUAACACCGACCUCGCCAGUUACGCCGACGAUCAUUGGAUACCGUAUUAUCUUUUCUGCACACCGUGCCUCGUCAGAUACCACAUUAUCGCGAAGGUGGAGACGCUGUGGCGAGAUCAGGUGUACGCGAUCAACAAGUUAGGCCUGCAGAACAAGAUCAGACCUAGAUGGAGGCAUAGCAAUAAUUACGCAAACGCGUCCAAGGUGUACUUUAGUCAGCUGAGCAAGACGAUGGUGCGGAGGUUGUACGAGAAGCUGAGGCUGGACUUCGAGCUAUUCGAUUAUUCGCCCGAUGUCUACUAUGAGUACGCCACAUCCGACGAUUAGAAGAUGUCUAUCCAGCCUUUCAAUGAUAAUUAACGACGACGACGACAUUGCACAGUUUGCGGCCGCUCUUUCUCCGUUCAUGUUGCGGUAAUUUGUCCCGCGUAAUUUUCCAAAACGCAAGGAGAGGUGACGCACCUCGAGUGAAGAUAUGAGAAACACUGCGCAAAAGUGGCUAUACCUGGUGUUCGAGAUAUAAGCAACGAAACAGAGAGAAAGAAAAAUGAAAGAACAAGGAGGGAAAAAAAUAUAUUAAAGCCCGUACACGCGCGUACACGUAAUCCUGAUAAUUGAUGGAGCUUAAAUCGCGUUACGUCACGCGACGAACUUUUGUCGGCGAAAAUCGAUCGACCUACUUCUCACCGUGAUGUAUCGGACCGGCUUGUCCUAAAGUCAAGGGUCUCCAAACGUAAAGCGUUAAUCGUCGCAUCGAGUGGCCCGAAGCGGGGCAUUAGCCCGGCGGUCGCCAGAAAUAGGUCCGAAUUGUAUUCGCACGGAUCUCUAUGGGCGACGUUUGACACAGAAAUACCCGGCGUCGUACCUGUACGGCAUGUACGAAUACCUGCUUCUCGAUUUUCUCUAACUGUGAUACAUCGAAUUAGCUUCAGCUGAAUAAACAGCUGACGUUGGUGCAAACGUGCCGUGCUUAGAAUUGAACGGCUGAUUUUUAUGAGAUCAUUGAUCGUAGAAUCACGCGCGAUAAUAGCGCAAAUAGCUCCACGACGUGGAUUUGAAGAGGAUUAAUCCAGUAGAGAACAUACGGAAGUGUCGCUCACGGAUUUUGGUGUAUUCUUUAGCAAUAUAUUCUUGAGCAAAGCUGAAAAACUAUAUGGGUGUGUUUUUCUUUUUUUAAUAUGUGCUUGCUCGUGCGUGUGUGUGUUUAAGGAUUCCAUCUCUCGAAGAUAACAAAAUUAAUCGUGAGUGAAUAUCUUCGAAACCAUGGUGUGUAUGGGAAGAUGUUUUAUACCAAAAUUUUAACUCUUUCCUAAGUUCUGUCGUGAGAUCUGAGUGAAUUCUAGAAAAUGGCGUACUUUGUUUUUUAAUAUGUACUUCGUCGUGCGUUUAACUAUUGAAGCAAUCCCUCAAAGGUGAUAAAAUGAUUCGUAAGCGAAUAAUAAUCUUCGAAAUAAUGAGGUGUAUGGAGAAAUGUUUUAGACCAAAUUUUUAACUUCUUCCUAAGUUUUCUUGCAAGAUACGAAAAAUAGCGAAAGGGUCAAAGGUGAAUUUUAUUUGUCACGAUUUAUGGUGCUCAAAUAAAAUUCCAGAACGACAGUCCAGGGAUUUCGAGAGUAUAAU